AUGUUGGGAAAUGAAAAGAAAGGUGAGGGCGAAGUGAUGAGUUCUGCAUGGCUUGCAGGGUCCAAAAUGCAGCACGAAGCAAGCUGCAUUAUUGGCCAGUGCCUAUACCUCUCUACUUACGAUGACCACCUCUUGCGGUUAUUUCAAGUCGGAUACAGCUUCCCCACCAUCCGCAAUGCAGUUUCUAUGCAAAACGCCUUACAAAACGCAUUUUCCGCCGUAUUCCAGCCACCUUGCACUUACAUAAUUGAAAUCGAGCUACUAGGUCAUACUCGAUCCCGUACCUUUCUGGGGAACUGCCAAUAUCUGAUUGAUCUUCCCUGGCUUAAGAAGCUUCCAGCAAUCGUAAAAAUACCGUACUCCUUCCUCUAUAGAGUUGCAUCUCUUAGUUGCAAACUUAUCGCGGGAGGCCUUGAUCUAGGUUUCCAUGACCGAUCUACCAGGGCACUUAGGAAUCAAUUACAGCCUCCAUGGUUUUCUGGAUUGUCUACGUCGUACGGCGUACCGAAGGCAAAGUUUUAUCGAAUUACGCAUUGUUUCAUCAAUAUGCGCCUUCUUGUUGUUCUAAACAGCAUCCUCCUAAAAGCGCUUACCCUCUCGGCGCUUAAUGUUUCGAAUUUGCUAGGCUAUACGCCAGCGUACACGGUCUCUCUAGAAAACCCUCGUCAAGGUCCAGAAUUUAUAAACCCUCAGAGAGCACUGCGCGUGUCACUUUGCAAUCACGUCGUGAAAGCAAGAGAGGGAGUGGUAGAUGCCCUCUACCUAGCAAAAAUAGGGUAUAGAAAGUAUGGAAGAGUGUUAAGGAAUUUCUUGGCGCGGGUGCUUCAUCUGCAUAUUCUGCGGGUUGUAGAAAUUGAGACUGCUGCAGAAGAUAUAACGGGUGCGUUGGAAAAAGCCCGGUCCUGUGUUAAUAAUUGGCUGGAAAUUUCGAAAGUACGGAAAAGCAGAGUGUUGUACUCCCAAUGUUUCCACUGCUCUUCAAUUGCAAAUUCUACCCAAGCCACAAUUAUCAACUCGCGUGUUGGGGUUCAGGUGUUAACUAUCACCGGCAGCUCCAAGCGGGAAGCGUUGGCCGAGACCCAACCUUGCUACGAACACAUCAGCAAAAUGUUUUCAAUGAGAAUGUCACCAUAUCUACAUUUGCAAGUGUAUUUACAAAAUAGAACUGAAGGCCGGGCAACAAACCAUAGGAGUUGCACUUAUCACCACUCGGUAGAGUUCUAUUUCGCCACGGGGCACGAGAUAAUCCCUUUUCAGCGCUCUAAAGCCUUAAUCCUUGCGGAAAUAUGUCAGCUUGCCCGAACCGACAUUCACACGUCAAAACCUGCAGUUCCAGGGAGUGGACACCGCUGGUUUUGCAGAGUCGGCUUUUCCUCAGACUUAUUGAGGUGUACUUGGAAAAUAUUAGCCGCAGCCGAGGAAUCGAGGUUCAAAGACGUACUAGAAGCACUUCUACCGGUUCAUACUUUGAGCACUCUCAACUCUUCGAGCAUCUUUAACUUUACUUCACGACGAUCGAAAUGUCCAACCAGGCAACUACCGAAGACUCGCACCCUAAACCCCAAUCCGGCACCCUGGGUGCCAAAAGACCUCGAAGACUUCGCAGAUCUCCAACGCUGGCCUGAUACCACCGCCCCUGAAGCCUUUAAAGUGUCCGGCUCUGUACAAAUGACACACGAAUCGAACCGAUGGGUUCCCGGCAGCACCCCCCUCAUCAGUAUCAAGGGUUUCGACAUGCUCUCCCCUGACAUGGAAUCCAUCAUCCUUCAAGAUCUCUCAUUCAACGGACGCGGCUUUUACGUGUACAUUUCCCGGGGCCCGUACGUGAUCAGGGAGCUUGCGGACCCAGUGGUUGAAAAGCAGCCUCUGCGCGACAUCGUCGAGAAGAAUGAACAUAAACACGAAAAGACGUUUACAUAUUUGUAUCAAAUGACGGAUACCGAGCCGACGACGCUAACCGUCAGUGAGACUACAGACUUGAAAUGUAGUGCUUCGUUUGAAGUUGGCGGGUUUGCUUUUGCAGUUGAAGCGAGCUUCGAUCGCACAAAUACCAAGGAGAAUUCCAAAUCUACUACCACUGAGGAUUCGUUCACCGAGACGACGACGAUCAACCAUGAGUCAGCAUUCAGGUACAAGACGUGGCAGGAGACGACGAUGACGGAUGAGUUGUAUGGGUUAGACUUUGCUCUAGGUUCAGCUGUUGACAAAGAUGGGAAGAAGAUUGGUGGAAUUGCAAAUGCAAUAUGGAUUGAGAAGAAUGCGAUUGAGGAGCUGGGGAAUUUUUCACAGACAGCGAAAUAUAGGGUUGUGGAGACAGCGGCUAAGACGAAGAUUUGGACAAGUGAUAGUGGUGGGGAGGGGAUGUUGCCAAUAGAACCAGACGGACAGAACGCGGGAAGCAGGAAGAAGGAACGCAAGGAUACAAAUAGAGGUGAAAAAAAUCUCGAUUUUCUAGACACACGAGUAGAGGAUAAGGAAGAAUUGCAACUUGAACUAGAUACUCUUCUAGACCCCGGCCUAGGUACCGUUGUUCUUUGGUUUUGUCUAUUUACGCUAUGUAAUGAUCUUCCAACCUCUCCUCAUUAUUCCCCUCUUCCAAACUGCAACGGAGAAUAUCACGAUGCCUUUGCGGUGAUGCUCUAUGCCGCAGAAGGCCACAGGGGCAAUCUGCUUGGAAAUAGUCCUUUGCAAUAUAUCCAAUUCCUGAUAAGUAUACCGAUCACCACAAGUUUAGGAGUCCUAAAGGCCGCAAUUUUUGUACAUGAAUCUAAGCGGUAA